CACGAACUACUCCUAUCUCUCUGUCCCCAUUAUGCCGUGGUCGAUCAUCCUGCGAUACACUCUUUGGUUCCCCCCCCUGGCCUUAUGUGUGAUGCUACCUUAUUGUUCCUUUACUCCCUACUAAUUUAUUCUUAUACUCGCUCCUAGAAUUGAUAAUUCGGUCCUGCGGAGGGCUAUUCGACCUUCAAAUUCCCUUCCCCCCUACUGCUCGCCAAUAGCUCCACCUACCACUUCCUCUUCGUUUCACUUCAGGUGCAAUCAAUAGUAUAGACGGCUGCGAUGAGAUUACUGUUGGGCUGCGAUUAUCUGAGCUAGUAUUUAACGAGACCAUUCCCACAAGAAAUGGAGGGCCAUCUCAAGAUCAGUCUCCUCGACAAGACCGCUCCCCGUCGUCCAUCUGACGAUGCGCUGGCGCAAACCCACACCGCUACCGAUCUUUCUCAUAACAUCUCGAGAAAGUUCACCCGUGCUUCGAUUCGCAGCGGACUCGCCAAACGCAAGUAUGCCAAAUGGCAGCCGGAACGCCUUGGUCUGACCGACGAUGAGGACACUUCCGACCGCAGAGCGUCCGACGGGCGAGAUCUUUACACGACUGAGACGCGAACGGACACACUGGCCAGAGAGAGCCGCUUGACGGCCACCACUACGGGCCCCUCCUCGACGCAAUGCUCCCCGGAGGAUCAGUCGGAUGUCGAUAAUGCGACUAACGCUCCUCGUGGUGACGGGGCCGAGCAUGAUGGUCACAGCCACCCGAAGCUUACAGGGCUCAAGCCGGGCACCGAGCUGGACAUACUGUACGAGAACCAGCGCGGCUGGUUCUUCUUCGGCAUCCCUCUCUACUCGCAGAGCUCCCUACUGAACUUCGACCCCGCGGCUUGGACAACGCCCGACGGUCGCGAUAGCGCCGUCAACAUUACCAACGCCCAGCUGCCGGAUCCCAGCUGGGAAUGGGUCUGGAAAACCUGGUAUGUGGACAUGUCGGGCGAUGUGGACGAUCAGGGCUGGCAGUACUCGUUCUCGUUCGGCUCGUCGGCCUGGCAUGGCUCGCAUCCCUGGUAUCAUUCAUACGUGCGUCGACGGCGGUGGGUGCGGCUGCGAGUGAAGCGCGUGGCGGAGCGCAGCCGUCGGGGUCGUUCGGGCCUGGAGGCGGCGCACAUGCUCAAUGAAGAUUACUUCACGAUUCAUUCGGGUAAGGCGAAGACGAGGGCGUCCAGUGUGGAUGGUCUGUCGCGUGUCACGUCCGGGUACCUCAGUCGGGUCGCCACGAAGGUUGAGGAAGAGGAGGAGCAUGUGGAGGAGAUUGCCAGUAUCCCUGCGUUAAUGCAUGCGUUACGAGUGGCACGAGUCGAUCGCGAGAAGAUGGAUGCUCUGGAGAAGUUCUUGCAGGAGGGCGGGGACGAGCUCUUCUAUUUGGAUGGGAAGAUCCCGGAGAUCAUGUCCAUGUUUGUCUUCCAAGCUUCGCGGUGGCAGUACUACACACGCCUGUCCGAUGUCGUCGACGAAUUAUCCAGGGAGAGCUCUGAAAAAACGGGGAAGGAAGCAGCAGAGCUACAGCGCCAGCGUGAUCAUCUCCAAAAGGCCGCGGAGGUGGCGCGGCGUCACCUCACGGGACCCGAAGUGCUACAAUCCGAUGAUCGGCAUCUCGAGGCGGACAUGUUGGACUUGACUCCAGCGCCGAAGAGAGGUAGUCUUUUAUCGAGGUACUCCGGCAAGUUUACCUUCCAGCCUAUGGAUGAUGGGGGUGAAAUCAAGGGUAUCCCCCAGGCAGCUGAAGUCGGGCGCGAAGGCCAUAUCUACCAGUAUACUUCUUGAUGGCUUGUUGUGUUUGCAUGUCUACUAGCAUGGUGUUCAGUUUUGGGAUUCAUUAUAUCUGGGAUUAGCUGGGCGUCACGGAGCAUGAAUGUAUUAUAUAUUUGUAUCCCUAAUCGAAUUGUUAUUUAUUG